AUGGCCAAUAUCGUACAGGGCUCUAUAGGCUGCACUAAGAAGCCUGGUAUUAGUUUUCCCAAUCCAUCCAUAGUCCUUUCUCAGUCACAAAUUCUUGUCAUUUACGGGUCUGUCUAUAUUGACAAUCGUGUUGUAAACAACACUGACACACACCACUUUGCUGGAGACAAUGCUGACCUCGAUUCCAACUUUGACGAAGUGUAUCCUGUAUUCCCAGACGAUCCUGACUUGAAUGGUCUUGUCUAUCGUGCUGUCGACGGCGGAAUUGCUCACGUCGCAAAGUCUCGUUUCAACCAUGUCCCUUCUAAAGGUUGGUUUGAAUUUAGAGAUCACCGAUGGAGGAGAUGUCUCCAGGGCAUUGACAUUUACUUUCCCGAGUUGGUGGUCAGCAAACUACAGAUCAUGAAACGGUUUUAUCAAGAUCACAUCCCCGAAAGCGAAUUAAAAGAAAAGCAACUCAAGCAAAUUACCUCUACAAUCAAGAAAGUUGGCAACAAGGAUAUUCCACACUACACAAAACACAGUAGUGGAAUUUUCUAUAAUUCCAACCCCGACUUUGAGAGCAAGCUAGAUGAAUCAAAUGAUCUUUUGGGAUUUGACAAUGGCGUAUACGAUUUCAAGACACACACUUUUCGCUCAGGUCGGCCUGAUGACUUUGUUUCAAAGAGUGUGGGAUACUGUUACAUGGUGGAAGAUUCUGCAGAGUUUGAAGAGAAAGUUUACAGUCUCCUGCAAGACAUUCAACCAAACGUAGACGAACGUCACCAUCUCUUGAUAUUUCUCUCUCUUUUAAUUCACGGUUCUAAUCGCGAAGAGAUUUUUACCGUCUUUGCGGGCACCACGAGGAAUGGUAAAUCACUCUUGUCUGACUUGAUCAAACUGACUCUGGGAGAAUACUACGCAACUGUCUCUAGCACCAUGCUUACAGGAGAGAAGCCCACCAGCUCAGCGCCACAAGCAGACAUGGUUGCUCUCAAAGGAUGUAGAGCUGUUAUUGCAUCUGAACCUGAAAGGGGACGUGCGAUCAACUCGGCAUUCAUGAAGUGGAUUACGGGCAAUGACGAAGUAGUAUGUCGCCCGUUGAAUAGCAACACUAUCGUACGAUACAAUCCUAAAUACAAACUGAUUGUGUUGUGCAACAAGAUUCCUGUUAUGGACUCUAACGACGAGGCAGUAUGGAUCCGAAGUCGUAUCAUUGAAUUUCCUACCAAAUUUGUCGAUCUACCAGUCCAUCCCCAUGAACGACCAAUCAAUAAAUCUCUGAAAGAUGACAUCAAGACGAUUCAGUGGCGUCAGGCAUUCAUGAAAAUACUCAUUACUUUUUACAAGAAAUAUCAAGUAGAGGGUCUUGUUCCAACUGCCAAGGUUCUUCAAAAGACGGCAGAAUACAAGGAAAGCUCAACCAUUGUUUUACAGUUUGUAAACGAUAGAAUUGAGGAUGCAAACAAAGGUGAUAACAUCGCGCUAUCAUCGAUCUACCAACAGUUCCAAGAGUGGCAUGCACAGAACGUUGGAGGUAGUUAUCCUGGUUCAAGCUAUGUGAAGGACGAACUGACGUCGCUAGGAUGGGAUGUAAGCAAAAAGGUCAAAGUUGGUACUUCUAGUGUCUUGGGUGUCAAGCAACACACUUUACCGCAAGCCACUACAAUGCAACCAAAGAAGGCCCUUAUAUUGAAAUUUGGCUACUUUCAAUUACAAACAAAUGGAUCAAACAAGAUGUUUGUUACCGAUUGA